AUGGUUGCUUUGUCAAUGGUUCUUGUUUUCCUGCUGAUUCUGAGCAGAAGUAAGAGUGAAUUGGACGUGAAGAUCUCACCCCCAGGGGAGGCCACAGAAUGGGGUGAUCCUGAUCUGUCCCUGCUGGGAUCCUGCCAGCCAGCCCCAUCCUGCAAGAAGUGCAUCCUCUCACAUCCAAGCUGUGCAUGGUGCAAGCAACUGAACUUCACAGCGUCCGGGGAGGCGGAGGAGCGGCGCUGCGCCUCGCGGGAGGAGCUGCUGGCCCGGGGUUGCCCCCCAGGGGAGCUGGAGGAGCCCCGCGGCCAGCAGGAGGUGCUGCAGGACCAGCCGCUCAGCCAGGGCUCCCGGGGCGGUGAGGGGGCCACUCAGCUGGCGCCGCAGCGGGUGCGGGUCGCGCUGCGCCCCGGGGAGCCUCAGCAGCUGCAGGUCCGCUUCCUCCGCGCCGAGGGGUACCCUGUGGACCUGUACUACCUGAUGGACCUGAGCUACUCCAUGAAGGACGACCUGGAGUUCGUGCGCCAGCUCGGGCACGCCCUGCUGGUGCGGCUGCAGGAGGUCACCCAGUCUGUGCGCAUCGGCUUCGGCUCCUUUGUGGACAAAACGGUCCUGCCCUUCGUGAGCACAGUGCCCUCCAAGCUUCGCCAUCCCUGCCCCACCCGCCUGGAGCGCUGCCAGCCCCCCUUCAGCUUUCAUCACGUGCUGUCCCUGACGGGGGACGCGAAGGCCUUCGAGCGGGAGGUGGGGCGCCAGAGUGUGUCUGGCAACCUGGACUCCCCGGAAGGUGGCUUCGAUGCCAUUUUACAGGCAGCACUCUGCCAGGAGCAGAUUGGCUGGAGAAAUGUGUCUCGGCUGCUGGUGUUCACUUCAGAUGACACGUUCCACACAGCUGGGGAUGGAAAGUUGGGUGGCAUUUUCAUGCCCAGUGAUGGGCACUGCCACUUGGACAGCAAUGGCCUCUACAGUCGAAGCCCAGAGUUUGACUACCCCUCCGUGGGCCAGGUAGCCCAAGCUCUCUCUGCAGCAAACAUCCAGCCCAUUUUUGCUGUCACCAGUGCCACACUGCCCGUCUACCAGGAGCUGAGUAAGCUGAUCCCUAAGUCCGCAGUGGGGGAGCUGAGUGAGAACUCCAGCAACGUGGUACAGCUCAUCAUGGACGCUUAUAAUAGUCUGUCAUCCACUGUGACCCUCGAACACUCUCCACUCCCUCCGGGGGUCCACAUCUCUUACCAAUCUCAGUGUGGGGGUCAUGAGAAGAGGGCUGGUGAGCCUGGGGACCGGGGCCAGUGCAACCAUGUCCGAAUCAACCAGACGGUAAAUUUUUUGGUUACUUUCCAAGCUACCCGGUGUCUCUCAGAGCCCCAUCUUCUGAGGUUCCGAGCUCUUGGCUUCUCAGAGGAGCUGACUGUGGAGUUGCACACACUGUGUGAUUGCAACUGCAAUGACACCCAGCUCCAAGCGCCCCACUGCAGUGACGGCCAUGGGCACCUACAAUGCGGGGUGUGCAGCUGUAACCCAGGUCGCCUCGGUCGACUCUGUGAGUGCUCUGAGGCUGAGCUGUCCUCCCCAGAUCUGGAAUCUGGGUGCCGGGGCCCCAAUGGGACAGGGCCCCUGUGCAGUGGGAAAGGACGAUGCCAGUGUGGACGCUGCAGCUGCACUGGACAGAGCUCUGGGCGCCUGUGCGAGUGUGAUGAUGCCAGCUGUGAGCGACAUGAGGGCAUCCUCUGUGGAGGCUUUGGCCUCUGCCAAUGUGGCGUGUGUCACUGUCACGCCAAUCGCACGGGCAGAGCGUGUGAGUGCAGUGGGGACACGGAUGGCUGUGUCAGUCCCGAGGGAAGGUUCUGCAGUGGGCAUGGACAUUGCAAAUGCAACCGCUGCCAGUGCUUGGACGGCUACUUCGGUGCCCUAUGUGAUCAGUGCCCAGGCUGCAAGACACCAUGCGAGAGACACAGGGACUGUGCAGAGUGUGGGGCCUUUGGGACCGGUCUCCUGGCCACCAAUUGCAGCAUGGCUUGUGCCCAUGCCAACGUGACUCUGGCUUUGGCCCCUGUGCUGGAUGAUGGCUGGUGCAAAGAGAGGACCCUGGACAACCAGCUGUUCUUCUUCCUGGUGGAGGAGGAAACCGGAGGCAGGGUCAUGCUGAGAGUGAGACCCCAAGAGAAGGGAGCAGAUCACACCCAGGCCAUCGUGCUAGGCUGUGUGGGGGGCAUUGUGGCAGUAGGACUGGUGCUGGUCCUGGCCUACCGGCUCUCAGUGGAAAUCUAUGACCGCCGAGAAUACAUUCGCUUUGAGAAGGAGCGGCAGCAGCUCAACUGGAAGCAGGAGAGAAAUCCUCUCUACAAAAGCGCCAUCACGACCACCAUCAACCCCCGCUUCCAAGCUCCAGAAAGCCCUCCUCUCUGA